UUUUUUAUUUUUUUUUUUCUUUUUUCUUUUUUUUACACCAAACUUGUGGUGUAAAAAACUACCCCCUCGGCCGCGGCGUUUAAAAAUUUUUUUUUACGGUUGUGUUUAUAAUACACACAUCUAGUUGUAAAAAAAAAUCAUGGUAAACGGCGACCCGGAUGGUGUGGUUCUCGUGGUUCUUACAACUCGAGGUGGUUCUUAUUUUAGCCCAAUUCUAUAUAUAUAUAUAUAUAUAUAUAUAUAUAUAUAAACACAACCAAAAUUCAUUCAUUUUCAACCAAAACUCUCAAAAACUCUCUAAAAAAAUACAACCAUUUUAUAAAAAACUUGAUGGAUUCUCCUAGUUCUUCAUCCAUGGUAAAUUUUUACUACAACGAGUAUUUUGCGGAUGGCGAUGGUUCGACCGAUGAGGAGCUUGAGCAAGAGGCGGUUACGAGUGCUUGUCAACUAGCGGUGGGAUUGUCAAGCAUUCUCGUCGGCUCCAAGCAGAAAAAAAUAAAAGAGGUUAUAUUGAACGAGACCGACGCGCGGCACACGAUCGUUUGAUGAAAGAUUAUUUUGACGAGGCGCCGACAUUUUCGAACGAAUUUUUUAGGCAUCGUUUCCGAAUGAGUAAGCGGUUGUUUCUACGCAUAGUCGACGACUUGGAAGCCAACUACGAUUAUUUUAAACAAAAACCGGAUGCGAGAGGGGCACUUGGAUUUACCGGUAUCCAAAAGUGUACGUCGGCGUUACGAAUCCUUGCUUAUGGUAACACUACCGACAUCAACGACGAGUAUCUAAAAAUAGCAGAGAAAACAACACGAGACAGCUUGGAGCAUUUUUGUCGCGGUAUAAUUGAUGUGUACGGUGCGCGUUAUCUUAGAACUCCCACAUGGGACGGCCUUCAAAAGAUCUAUGAGGUACAUAAUGCUGAGCAUGGUUUGCCUGGUAUGAUCGGGAGCAUAGAUUGCAUGCAUUGGCGUUGGGAUAACUGCCCGACUGCAUGGCGAGGCCAACACACACGUGGUGACCAAAAAGGACCCACUAUUAUUCUUCAGGCGGUUGCUUCACAUGACCUUUGGGUUUGGUCGGCUUACUUUGGCGUGGUCGGGUCAUGCAAUGAUAUCAAUGUUUUUGAACAAUCUCCGUUGUUAGAGGAGUGGAUUUCUGGCAAAGCUCCAAAAGCGUCGUUUUACGCAAAUGGAAACUACUACCCUCAUGGAUAUUAUUUGAGCGACGGAAUUUGUAACGUUUCGUAUUUCGGUACUUUCCAUUUUUGGCAAUAUGUGUUGAACUUUCCCAAUUUAGACAGUUGUACUCUCGUUGCAUCCUAUUUUGUACUUCGAGACUUGAAUCAUAAUGAAAAAAUGCAUUAUUUUGAUCAUAUGCUUGUUUUAGUACUAUGUUAUGUUAUUGCACAUUAA